AGUCUUUUUCCUUAAUAACACGUGUCUUGGAUAUGAACCUAUUAUCACCGGCUGUAAACGCAUAACAUUAACAUUUUCUAUUCAGUACCCACCGCUAAGACACCGAAAAGGAGUCUGCUUUACUGAAAUUCUCAUUACCACAAUCAAAGAACAAGGCACUGUAUUUCCUCGCGGUCUUACACAGCUUUGCGUUACAUACCAACAACCGUUUUUUUAAAAGCCAUCGAUCAGGUACUUCUCAAAUUGUCCGCACCACGGGAAAAAGAUUCUUCUCUUUCUUCUUUUUCUUUUCUCUCAUCAAAAGACAAAAAGCGAAAAGGAGAUCUCGUUGAUUUGAAUCCUUAUUAGCUUGCAUCUCUUUUGUUUUCUGUUUUCUCCUUCUUUGGAAAGCAGUAGAAGAAGAAGGCAAGCAAAAAAGAUACGCAGUUCAGAAGGAUUCUGCUACGCAAUUCACUCAUAUCGAUACACUAGAGCGCCGCGUUUGCCCCGGGAACGGCGUUUCUUCUUCGGAGAGACGCCUUGCCUUUUCACACGCCCGUGUUAGGAAUUGACGAUCUGUUUUGCAGAGCCGUGAUCCUUUUCCUUAAACGUUUCUUUCUCUCUCUUUUUUUUAUGCACUGAGAGAAAGGAGAAGAACAAGAAGAAGCGCUUGCUUUUGUUGUCACAGCUAUCAGUGACUCUUUUUUCCUGUGAUAUCAUUAAGCAAGCACACACUCCGAACGAUAUCAUAUAUACAUACACACACACCCACAAAAGAAUUUUGUUUCCGAAAUUCAACGUUUACCUGUGCGUGAAAUACUGAAGAUAGUUUCGCGCGAUAGCUUACCGUUAUCUAUCUGUCUCUAUAUCUAUCUUUUUAUAACAAGAAGAAGACGAACGCUCCGAUUGAAACGCAACACAAAACUGUCAGGAAGCUUCAAGACACACAUCGCCGUCUGAACCGAUUCCACUUCGGUUGGUGUCUUGCCGUGCGAGCUCUCCUCUCCCGCCUUUUUUCUUCGAUACCCACCUUGUUCGUUUGCGUCUUGGUUUGCCCUCUCUCUUCCACUUCUUUUUGUACUUCGACAACAUCAGUAGAAGAAAAAGGAGCGACUGAGAAAGGCCAGCAGGCACGCGAGGGCUCGUGAAGAACAAGUAGGAGAAGCUAUCUUCGCACACAAGGGAAGCAACAUUUCAUAUUGACGUUUUAGUUUUUCGUGGCUCCCAAAGCAGUUCUCGAUUUUUCGCAUUAUUACUACUAUUAUUGGCGCCUCAGUCUUUCUUUUGUUUUCCCCUUGCAACUCGAUAAUAAUCUAUUAUCACCUCUCUUUUUUUGUUUUCGCUCGCUUUUUUUUUUUCUAUUCAAGUCUUUCAUUUCUUCUUUUUGUUCUAGUUUUAGUUUCAGAUUCGUUAUUCUUUCCUAGCUUUGUUUUCUUUCUUCUCUUCCGUCUUUUUUUCUCUUCUCUCUUCUCUCUUUUGCUUGACGUUUUGAUUUUUCUUCAUCAUUUUGCUCUUUUUUUCUUUUCUCUACAUCUUGCUUUCGUCUUCGAUUUGCCUCCCUUAAGUUAAAGCAAGCUUCCACUCUGAUUCGUUUACACUUCUCACGUCACCUUUUUCUCUCUUUUUCUUUCCGUUUUUUUUUCUCGUUCACUGAUUUUGAAGUUUUAUUUCUGCCCCAACUUUCGUCUUUCUUAGGUGCGACUAUCUCCUCGACAUCUCUGUAUAGCCCCCCCCCUCUUUUCUUUUCUGUCAGGGCAUUCAGAGAGAGGUAUUUCUAGAAUUGCGCGCUCAAUACGUCAACGCCUUUCUUUCUUUUUCAUUUCCUAAACUACCUCUCACUCUCUCUUCUUCUUUUUGUUUGGUUUUGUUUUUCACUUCUCCUCGUUUACAUUCCCGUAUUUCUGUUUUUUUCCCCGUGUGUCUUUGGGAUACUGCGUUGUCCUGAAGAAGCCAUAUAGUAUUUCCAAAAGACAAAAACACACACCGCACGAGGAAACUAUUCCCUGCUUACCCACGAACGUAGACGUAUUUGUAGUCACACCUACAUUGACUAUCCCAACUCCAGUUCUUUCUAGGUGAAGCUGAAAGGCUGAAGAUACCUUUUUUUCUAUUCUUUUUCUUCCUCGCAGGAAAAGAAUUGAAGAGCGAAGGCAGACGAGAAAAAGUGGUUUUCUUUUUCUUCCACUUCACACUCCAGCUUUACGUUUUCGUCAAGGGUGAAACUGGCAAAUCCCUGUGGCGACAAGAUCGACAAAAAGUCUGGAAAACGCCUUUCUUUUCUCGCAUAGUAGAAGUAGAGUGAUAUAUAUAUUUCUGUUUACUCCUUUGCGUACUCCUUUGAGUACUGCUUUUUUCCCCUUCUUUUCAUUUUUCCGGUGUGUGUAUUUGUCACACGUUUGUUUCUCUGGUUUCCUCUUUCAGGACUUUCUUUUAUUUCUUUAUUUAUCUAUUUACUGAUUGAGAAGGGCUGCCGGUUUUUUUUUCUCGAGUAAUUCUCCUUUUACUGUAUCGUCGUUGCACAUUCCAAUUCCUCUCUCAACUUGAGUAGUGCUCUCUCCACACCUGCAUACACAAGCCUACGUCGAAGGUGUAGAUCGAUUUCAAUUCCUCUUUCUCUUGUUUUUCCCCUCGUGGAUUCACUUGGAUUCCCUACGCUUUAUUUUUCUCUCUUUGUUUGACUAAGUCGCUCUCUUUUUUUUCUUUUGCUUCUCUUUGGUUCAUCCACUUUCAUCAGUUUUAGUGAAGCUUGAUCUUUUCAGGUUAACAGGAAAGAGGUAGGGGCGAAAGGGAUCGAUUAUCUUACCUCUUUUGUUUUUUUUUGUGUCAACCUUCAGGUGAGAACUUUAAAAAUAGUCUUUACCUUGUAUCUCCUUGUCAUUUGAUCGUUACGCUGUACUUGGAUAUCAAUCAGACUAUUUUCGGCUUUACAUACAUCUCAGUUUUCGAUCUUUUUUCUGUUUUGUUUUCUGCGCGUUCUUUUCGCCUUUGAUUUCCACUCUUUCGUUUCUGUGCUUCUUUGCUGUUUUACGCUAAUUUCCCGUUAACAACAACAAAAAGACUGUCUUUGGCUUAAUUUUUCUUCUUCUUUUUUGUCAAACCGUUGAAUAGGUAAAUCAAAGUUGCACCGUUGUAAGGAACUUCGCGAAGAGAACAACAGCUACUUGACCACACAGCUUGGUGGCAUUUAAAAAGCUGUUCUCUUCGAUUCGGCCAAGAGAAGCUGUGUUUCAAUACGUUUUGCUUUUCGUUUUGUGAAGCUCAACGGCUUUACAUACCCUUCUCUUUUCGUUCUGCUAGUCGUCUCUCUUCAUCCGACCUUCAUUGUCAUUUAGAAAAGGUGCUAGCAAAAGCCUUCUUUUUUCUUGACAAUCGGUGUUGUUAGGGAGUCCACAGCAGAACAAGUGUCCGAAAACGGACAAACCAAAAAAACCACCAAAAAACUCUGCGUAGUUGUUGAAAAGGAUCGUUCUUGCUGAUCAAGUUCCAAUAGAACAAAGAAAAGAAAAGAUUUUUUUCGUCCCCUCCCCCCUUCCACCACCAUCACGUAGUUUCGUGGUCUUGCUUUUUUGUUUUGUUUAAAGAAGCAGUCUAGUGGUGCGGAGCUCUACCUGUGUGUUUUUCUUCCCGUUUUUCACAUCUAUCUUGUUUUUAUUGCUGUUUUUCAACGUGUGAAGGAUGAAGUCGUACCGCAUUCCUGCGUCUUACCAGAAGGGACGCUACGUCCCCAGCAAGGUGCUUGGCACGGGCACCUACGGUCAGGUGAUUAGGUGCUACGACACCAUGACAGGCAAGGAGGUGGCUGUGAAGGUGGCACAGAGCGACGCCGCCUACCGCCGCUCCGCACUUAACGAGAUCAGCGCGCUCGUAGCGCUGAAGGAAAACCACGACUCCGUCAACAUUUUGGACUCCUUCGAGGAUGAUGGCCACGUCUGCAUCGUCUCGGAGCUGCUGGACCGCAACCUCUUCGAGGUGCUGCGGAACCGUGGCUUUGGCCCCCUCUCGCUGAGCGAGGUGCGCCAGGUGGCGAAGCACGUCUUGGGCGCCCUGGCCGCCCUGCACAACACCGGCUUUAUUCACUGCGACAUCAAGCCCGAGAACAUCAUGCUGCGCUGCCACGAGUCCACCAGCUCGGACAACUCGCCCGCACUCCACCCUUUCAACGGCGACGGCUUCAACAACAGCGGCUGCUCCAACCGCAGCGGUGAGCUGCCCAGCAACACCCACACCUUUGCCCCUGGGCAGGAGAUGAUGAUGGUGGACUCAAACAGCAACCUCAACAACCAACUGUGGCGCAACUCGAGCGCCAUCGACGCGGCGGCGGGCAGCUCGCACUCCGCAGCCUUCUUCGAAAGCGAGUUGAACUUCGGCUUUUCGCAGCGCUACGGGCCCAAGACGAUGGGGCGGAGCAGCAACGGCAACGCCGCGCGCAACGGCAGCAGCAGCUUCGAUGCCCUCUUCGGCACCUCGCCGACGUCAAACAAUAACAACAGCAGCAGCAACGGCAUGCGCAACGACAGUCGAGUGGAGCGCAACUUCCCCGCGCCCAGUGAAGAGGAGGCGGAGCGGCGGCGCAGUAGCAUCGCCUUCAGUCCUUACUGCCGCACCUGCCUCAUCGACUUCGGGGCGGUGCGCCGCUUCCACGAAAACACGUACUACGAUGUUCAGUCCCUGUGGUACCGCGCGCCGGAGGUGCUGUGCGGGCUACCCUACACAACCGCCAUCGACUCGUGGAGCGUCGGCUGCGUGCUCUUUGAGCUCUUCACCGGCAAGCCCUUCUUCCCCGGCGAGAACCCGCAGCAGCAGCUCUCUCUCAUCGUCCAGCACGUCGGCUACCCCUCGCAGACGGCCCUCUCCAUGGGAUGCCUGGCCUGCCAGUACAAUCUGCCGAUGUUGCACGUAACGGCGGAAAGCCGUCGCGAGCACGUGCGGCAGUGGGUGCGGUCGUGGCGCGAGGCGGGGCUGCAGCGGUGGCGCAAGCACCAACUGCAGAAGCAACAGGACGCCAUCCCACCGCUGCGCAACCCCCGCUCGCGCUACACGGCCGACAGCAGCAGCUCCACCGACGACGACGACGCCGUCGCGAACGGCAACCCCUUUGACGAGUCCGACGUCGACGGCACCUCUGAAGAGCGCGAGCUGCUGAUCGACCUGAUCUGUGAGCUGCUGAACCCGGACGAGACGCAGCGGCUGAGCUGCACGCAGGCCCAGCAGCACCCCUUCCUGAGCGCCCUGCAGUGCUGCAACGCGACGCCGUGCCCGUUCACCGCGACGCCGGUGGUGUGCCUUGGGACGCAGUCUGCCAUGCCGCAGCAGGUGCCGUGCGUGAUGGCCUCCAUGCCCAUGGCGCACCCCGUCAUGAUGGCCGCCUCUCCGGUGAGCUUGCAGAUGGGCUGCUCGCCUGUGAGCCCCUUCAUGCUUCACACCGCCGCCGGGUCCACCGUGCCCUACACAGCGUCGCAGAUGGACUCCAUGGCGCCGGGGCUGGACAUGAACAGCUCCUCCGUGGGCAUGGCGCCGCACCAGCAGCCCCCGCCGGCCUUCGGCGCCUACGCGAAUGCGCACAACCCGGCAAUAUUCGCCGCAGCUGCACCCGUCAUGGCACACGCAUUGCCCAUGUACACGCCCAUCGCCCAUGUCUCAAAUGACAACAGUGCGCAAACCUGCAUGCCUCUCGGCCUCUCAUCUUCCAGCACCGGUGUGUACAACUCACCCGCCUCGACCGGUUCGCUUCCGCAGCCAACCGCCGUGAGCAUGUCGCCCUCCUUCUCCUCGCCGACAGCCUUCUCGCAGGUGCACGUGCCGCUGGGAUUUUCGCCUGUGGCGAUGCCCGGCAUGAGCGGCGGAAAUGAGAUGAGCUCGAUGCAGUCACUGGGGGCGCCGUCGUACAUGCUGGCCACCAACGGCGCGAUGCCAUACGUCAGUGGCUACCACACGGAUACCGCCCCAGGCGGGAUGUCGUCGUACGUGCUGUGCCACUUCCAGCAGCACCCCUCGUGCGCCACUGUGAUUUCGCCGUAA